AUGGCUACUCGUCCCGCGUCCUACGCGCUCCUCCUCGUGCUCACGACCCUUCCCCUAGCCCUCGCCACCAGCUUCCCACACCGCGCUCUACUCCAGACAUGCCAGCCGAGCGGCACCAUCGCCGGCGAGUCCGGCAGCUGUAGCACGGAGAACGACUCCGAGUGCUGCGAAGACGGGCAGCGCUACAGAACGUUCGCGUGCUCCCCACGCGUCACGGGAAGGACCCGCGCCUCGCUCACGCUCAACAGCUUCGCCGACGGCGGGGACGGCGGAGGGAGGUCCGAGUGCGACGAGAAGUUCCACCCAGACUCCCAGAUGGUCGUGGCGCUGUCGACCGGGUGGUUCUCCGGCGGGGGGCGGUGCGGGAAGCGUAUCGUGAUCCGGGCCGCCAACGGGAGGACCGCCACGGCCACGGUGGUGGACGAGUGCGACUCGAAGCAUGGCUGCGACGAGGAGCACAACUUCGAGCCCCCGUGCGCGAACAACAUCGUCGACGGGUCGCCGGCCGUGUGGAAGGCGCUCGGGCUCGACACGGACGACGGGGUGGUGCCGGUCACGUGGUCAGACACGUGA